GAUUUGCAGCAAAGCCGACAUAGUAAAUAUGCAACGGCGCUUCCAAAGCCUUUUCCAACCACGCCGAGGCGGACUCUUUUGCGUCGAUGCUUUGUUUUCAGCACAGCGAAAAGUCAAUGGUUGUCAACGGACUGGCGGGCGUGAGGAGGAUGAAGACCCAGCAGUUGUGCUAAGGAAGUUGCAGGAAGAGAUGCGGAAGCGCUCGUUAGCUGAAGGGAAGGAAAUCCCACCGACUCCGCCUCGUCGCUCGGGAAAAACGAACUUCUUUGAUAGCAACCCAAAACCGGAAAACACAGAAGAGCAGGACACGAACAGAACACAAGAAGACUCACGCCAUCCACAAUCGGGGCCACACUCGCAGUCAAACGUGAAGCGGAAGGGAGGUGCUGAGACGAAGACGUCCAAUCCGUUUCUCCAAAAACUGACGAAGAUGGAAGUUGACACGCAAUCAACAUCUUUUCCCACGUAUGAUGCCGCAGCAGAGGAACGCCGGAAAAAAAUCGACGCCAAGAUCAAAGAGGAGCGCUCGAAAAUGGUGGUCUUCCGAGACGUGGGAAUGGAUUUAGACAAGCCGAUUCUUUCUCGUGACGUUUUCCUCAUUUUUAAAUACUUUCGCUACGGCUCGGAGUUCGCCGUUGAUAACGAGCUGGAGCGCAUGCUGCGUUACUUUAACGAGCACGCCACGAAUGAACUCAAAAUCAUCCAAGACAGUAAACUCAUGCGCGGCCCCCCAACGCUCUCGCGAAAGCGUCGACAUACACCGCGACCAAGGUCCUCCGCACAGUCAUUUGGGAAUCCUACGUUGAAAAACGAUCAACGCGAACACGACGAAUUGGCAGUGGUGCGACAGCAACAGCAGGCGCUACAGUUUCAGGUUAGCUCUUUCUUUCCACGGGUGAGGUGCGCAAACACCCGCCAGUUUUGUUCCCCCGGCUCUUCCGCGAACGCAGUAGCAAGCACCCUUUCUACACUUCUUUCAGCAAGCCACAACUCGUCUUCCUUCGCUCCUUUUCUCCCAUCAGCGGCAGCUGAAGAGAACAAGAAAGGCAGCACCGCCGCAAAGAAGUCCUUCAAUGCCAGGGACGAUGGCCUCUUCACCGUCAUGUCGCCUUCGAUGUUUCGUAGACCUGCAGUCGUCAUUUACUCGCAGCUAGGCCAGAGGUUCGGCUCCCAGGCCGACACGGAAUGGCGUCGUCUCGCCUACACCUCAAUCUGUCCGGGCCUCCUGCCUUACAUUCCAAUGCUAAGCAAUACCGCAAAAGAGGUAAAGGAUGAAACUGCUGGUGUGCAAUCGCCUUAUAGCGUGUCUGGUCAGACUGGUAAAAAAAAAGAUGGCAGUUUUUCUCGUUCCUCGGCGUCCUCCCGCUCAAUGCCGAUCGACGUCAUCUCACUGCGCAGCGUCGACGUGUACAAGUACGCCUGGGUGCAACGCAUGUACGUCAACCGCUUUGCCAAGUCUCUGUCUCAAACAACCUCCGCUGCCGGGUCAACAGCUGCUGGCGAACCGUCAGUAGCGGAGGUCAAUCGAGCGUUGAUUGCCUCUACGACGUUUGUGGGUAGUCAAUUACUGCAGCCGUUCUACACCACGUUGGGUUUGCGCAACUACCUAUUACCGCAUGUGAUGCUUGUAGAUCAUGAGGGCGUCAUCCGCUGGCUAAGCGGGGGCUGUCCGGAUGCUAAUGAGGAAGCUGUCUUUUCCUCAUUGUUGCGUCAGCUGGAGUCGGAGUAUUACAAGGCUUCAAAGUAG